UAAUUGAUGACGUCUCGUUUUCAAAAAUCACUGAUAUCACUCUUAAUUGGCUAAUAAUUUAACCAAAAUAAAUAAUCAAAACAUUAAUGUGAGUUGUUAAUUUUAAAAAAAUGGAGUAUGGCCCGAUGUCAGAGCGCAUUUUACAGUCUAUAGAGCAAAUAAUCGAAGACGAUAUUUACUUGAUUGAUUUUUCGUUAAUUCACACAGACGACAACACAAAGAACAAGAGCCCUGUCAUACACCAAAAUCACCAUUUAGGUCUGGAAACGUGGUGCACAAAAUAUGUGUACGAGUAUGUAUGUUCCAGACUGUUUAAAGUCAGGAGAAGUUUGAUGAGAGGCAAAAUGAACCAUGUAGAGAAACGAGAGCUAAACCGCCUUAUUGCUGGAGCUUUAUUUAUUAAUCCUGAUGUUUCCACUUUUUGGAAUAUGAAGCGAGAGCUUGUGGUUACAAAUGUUGUUUUUUCUUAUGAAGAAUUUAAAUUCAGCAAAUUAGUUUUGACCAGGAAACCAAAAUCAAAUGAAGCCUUCUCUUAUCGUCGAUGGCUCAUAGACCGAUUCUUAAACAAACUCUCUAAAAUUGGCGUAAGCCCCAAUAUAAGUGUACUAGAAACAGAAUUAUCAACAUGUACCAUUACUGCAGGUAUGACUCCUAACAAUUAUCAUUCAUGGAACCAUCGGCAGUGGUUUGUCUUGAAACUUGAAAAUCAUUUUCCUGACCUCAUUUCACAAGAAUUAAGUUUCAGUGAGCAGUGGAUAAGCAAACAUGUGUCGGAAAACACUGGAUAUCAUUAUAGACAGUUUUUGAUAGAAAGGGUGAAGGAAAAGGGGUGUAAUGUCUUAUUGGAGGAUCAAUAUCGAAAAGUUUUGGUGCAAUUAAACAUUUUGGGUGAUGGAGAGAGAGUGCAAAUGCUUAAUUAUUUGUUGGGACAACCAGAUAAAAGUUGUUGCUUAGACAACCUCGAGAUGGUCAUGAAUUACAUUAUUUUACUCCUACAUGAGAUCUUGGUGGUUAUAGAAACUAUUGAUAAGGUCUAUGUUGAGCAUGAAUCCUUAUGGUUGCACAGACGCUUUGUUUUGCAAAAACUCUUGGAAGUUUCCACCAAAUAUCUUGGGGAGAACAUAAUGAAGCCAAAAAUCCCUGAAUGUGUUACAAAAGCCAAUAUAAUCCAAUCCCUUUCUGAGGACGAUUACUCGAAAAAAGAACCAAAGAUCUUCAAAAGCCAACCCAGCAGGUUCCAAAGUACAAAUCUAUACAGAAUAAUUUCUGAAUCUGAAAAGGGGUUUUUGAGUAAAAAUAGCUCUGGCAGUGCUGUACAGACGGACUUGGCCAACAGGCACCAAAAGUGGGUGAAGUAUAUCCUGGGAUUCGAAACUAGUGCGUGAGUAUUUAUAAGAAAAAUGUGUGUUUUUGUGAGUAAUUUAGUCACUAAAGUAUAAUAUUGUACCUGUCUUUGAAAAUCCUUUAAGCAUUAAAAUAUGUUUUAUUAAGUAUUACUUUUAAAGGGAGUUAAAAUGUAUUAUAGAUCCUUUAUUGAAAA